AUCAUCUGUGUCAUAAGCUUAUACGUAAAUAUUCUCUUCUUUAUAUAUAUAUCUUUCAUUUAAUAAUUAACAUAUUUGAUAAAAAGGCACGUCUGGUGGGUAGCUAAAACAAGUUUAGUUAAUUUCCUUGGAUAAGUACCCUGAUUUGUGGAACUCAAAGUCUAAUAUUUUUAGGUUUUAUGUCUUUUCUACACCACAGCUCUCUCUCUCUCUCUCACCAUUUUAAGCUCCAACAGCACAUCUCUGGUUCUUCUUCAAGGCAGGGAAAAAUACCAAGAAUUGGGUUUUGGUUGAUGGGAAGAUACAAGGAAAAUGAAGAAUACUGUGAGACUAAGGAUCAUGAAGAACCAAUGAAGAUUGUGAAGGCGUGCAUGCCUUGUUUGUGGUCAUUUAUGGUGAGCCUUUCAGGAGGGCUAAUACUGGGUUACUGGGAGUACGAGUAUCAUCUUACAAAUAGUCAGCUAUGGAUGGUGCCCUUAGGUCUGAUUCUGCUUGUUACGCCGAUGAUCAUUUCAGCGGCUCUUUUGGUCUCAGAAAUCUGUAAUUCGGAAGACGGCAACUCAAAAAGAAGUCAACCUGUCAGUUCUUUAGAUGAUUUAGAGAAAUACUUGAAAUAAAUUCCAGUGUCAAUCGAUUUGGGUUCCUGAACCUGAACCUUCCUCGUAUUGUUAAGCUGUUGCUAUGUCAUAUCAACUCACUCUUAUCAGGGUUUGCUUGAAAUGCUGGUGCUUUGCUCAUCUUCUAUAAAGCAUUCAUUUUAGGCUUAAAAUUAAUUUGGUUAAUUUGGUUUGAUUGGAUACAGUAUCAAUUAGCAAAGAAAUGUUGAAGUUUUGAUUAGUGGGUACAGGCAUACGUGCAAUAUGAUUAUCGGAUAAACAAACUAGUUUGAAAAUCCUAGCAAUUUGCAUUAAUUUUUAUUUUUGUUGAAGCAUGCAUGAUUCGUGCCAACUUGUGUUGUUUUAAAUGGUGAUAAUAGUAAUUAAAGUAGAGGGGAUGAUGUGUGUUAACUGUUAAGUCAAGAAUGUUGCCUUCCCCAGUUUGUAUUUUUGUUAUUGUUUAUGUCCCUAUCCAGUGGCCUGCACAGUGUUCACCCACUGCCCUGCCUAUCCAUUUCCAGGAUUAUUUUUUAAUAUGCUUGCUUGUCCCUCCCAUUGCAUACAUAGGCUUGCAGGUAAUUUGCACAUCUGACCACACAAUACCAAUGAAGACA